UCGAUGCUCAGGGUCUUGCUAUAAUAACAGCUUAAUAUACAAAAUUGACAAAUGAGUACUCCUCAACCCCCAGGAAGCUCCAAUUCACAAGGAGAUGACGAAGCUGUAGACUUCUUCAAGUCUACAAUUAACGAAUACUUGGACAAUCUGCCAGAAAGUGUCCAUCAGCAAUUAUUCCAAUCGAGGGAAACUUGUUUAGCAAUAUUCCGACUACUUCCGGCACUUUCUAAGUUUUAUAUAAUGGCAAUACUGUUCAAUGAAACUAGUGUGCCGUACUCAGAUUUGAAUAGAUGGGUGAAAUCAAACAAAAAUUCAGAGUUCAAAGGUCAUCAAAACCCUACCAAGAUUUAUCAAAACGAUUCCAUUAAAAGGCUCAAAUCAUUGCACAUAUUAAAAGAAAUCAAAAGGCAAAUGAUACAUCCAAUCACAAAACAACCUACUAUUAUUAUAUUUGUUCAAUUAAAUGAGAUUUUUAGACAAUCAUUCAGAGACGCAUUGACUGGGUUUCUACCGGAUAGUACCCAGGAUCAAAGUAAAAUCACCUUAGCUUCAUCUAAAGAUGAGAAGCGGGACAAGAGUACAAGUUUAAAUAUGAUGUUUGAUGACGAUGUGGAUAAUAGUAUAACUGUUGAGUAUCUCGAUCGUUAUUGCAUUGCCAAAUGGGAAAACAUAUUGCAUUUCAUGGUUGGUACAGAAAUCAAAGAAAUACCAUCCGUUGGUGCUUUAACGCUUCUAAGAUUUUCGGGUUUGAUGGAAUUACCUUCUGAUAGAGAGCGUAGAGAAGCUUUGGAUGGACAAGUGGAUGAAGAUAUAGAUUAUGGUUACGAAGACGAUAACAAAAAAUCGAUACAUACACUAAAACAAUUGCUCAUUACAAAAACUGGAUUUCAAUUCUUAUUGCAAGAUAUAAGUUCUCAAAUAUGGACAUUACUUAUUCAGUACCUUAUAAUGGCUGAAAAGCUCAAAAUGAAUCCUGUUGAUGUUUUGAAUUUCAUUUUUCUUUUGGGAAGUUUGGAGUUAGGUCAAGGGUAUGCGAUAAGUAUGCUUCCUCAAACCCAGUUGAUCAUGUUGGAUGACUUGCAAGAUUACGGUUUGAUUUACCAUCAAAAAGAUUCUUCUGUAUUUUAUCCAACUAGGCUUGCUACCUCUCUUACUUCUGAAGGUUCAAGUUUUAAAACUGCGUCGGCUGCUAUGGAUCAAGAAAUAUCACAACCCCGUGCCGAUAAAUCUACAAAUUCAGGCUCUAUUAUCAUUGAGACAAAUUUCAAGAUUUACUGCUACACCUCUUCACCACUACAAAUUGCCAUUCUCAAUUUAUUUGUUCAUUUAAGGGCGAGAUUUGCCAAUCUUGUUACCGGUGUUGUGACAAGGGAAUCUGUAAGAAGCGCAUUGAGAAACGGAAUCACAUCUACCCAAAUCAUCAAUUAUCUUGAAACACAUGCACAUAAUGGUAUGAUUGAACUCGCUGAAGCCGAGUACAACAAAAAGUAUGAGUUUGAAAGCUCUAUUGGUAAUACUACAGCUCUGGAACAAUUGAAACUUGAGAUUUUACCACCGACGGUUGUCGAUCAGGUGAAACUCUGGCAGUUAGAAAUGGACCGAGUGCAAGCAUUCAAAGGUUAUCUCUACAAAGAUUUCAAUAACGAUUUUGAAUUUGAGAAACUUUUGUCCUAUGGCGAAGAUAUUGGCGUUAUUGUUUGGAGGGAUAAGGCGAAGAGAAAGUUCUUUGUCUCACAAGAUGGUAAUCCCCAAUUGAUUGACUAUGCAAAUAAAAUAAUCCGAAAUAGUUCUGGUACUCCCAGGGCAAAUACCCCAACCUAAACAUACGUAGAUGUUAAAACCCCUUGGUUGGGAAAUAUAAUAUGUGUAACAUCAGUUUAUACGUUUUUUACAAAGGCCUUAUGAAUAAAUUUAGUUGUGUAAAUUUAGAUAUAUUUAUGUACGUUUAGAGUUCCAUUCUCAGAUGGAAAGUUAGCAAAGAAGAAACAAAGUAUAAGCACUAUUUUUCAUCAACUGCAUCUUCUUCAACUUCGGUAUCUGUAUCAAUGUCUGUCCAAAGUUCUUCUUCUUUAUCUGAAUCUUCGU